AUGACUUGGCUAGAGUUGUUGAAAGAAGCUCAGUUUCAUGGUGCCGCGAGGCUCGGUGACUUGAGACACAGGUACUUGUGGCUACUCGCUCAGGUGAUAUUUUUCGGUUGUUCCGUGACUGUCGUAUACGUAACGGUCACCAGAUUCUUCAGCAAUCCGACGUAUAUUGUCAAACUGGCUACUGUGCUACCCUUGAAGACGUUUCCCACUGUCAUAGUUUGUCCGGAAAUCGAUUACUACCAGGAGAAAGUCGAUCAGUUUUUAAAUGAUAUAGAAUACCCCCCGGAUGCAAACGUAACGUAUAUUAGAAGUAUUAUUCGACAGUUAGCUGCAUUCUAUUCUCAAAAAGUGCAUUACAAUGUAAAAGACCUAGAGUAUAUCAAACAGUUAUUGGAUUAUAACGAGUUGGAUGUGGAAACCGCUGGUUUAAUGCUCACAGCCAGUUGUGAGGAGACAAUUAUCAAAGAGCUAAAGAAUCCUGGUUAUAUCCAGGAACCAGUGAAGCAAAUGCAUAUAAACAAUAUCGGAAAGCACUACGGAUUGAACAUAGCGGUGGCGCAAAAUGUAACCAAACCACCUGUCAACUUAAACCUGGCUUACAAAUGGAUAAGCUUGAGGAAUCCUGGCCACAUGUACGUAGACAUCGUAGCGAAUGGGACUCCUUUGCCCCCCGGGAUAGAAAUUUGGUCAGGCUUCGCGACGGAGACGAUACAGAUGAGCGAGGAAGCUAGGAACCUGAGCCCGAAAGUGCGUCGUUGUUACCUCACCGAAGAACCGCUGAAAUACUUCCCUAUUUACCAUAGACGCUAUUGUGUUCUGGAGUGCGAGAUGGAACGGAUUGCUGCUCAAUGCGGCUGCUCCCUGUUGCACCAUCCACCUGUUCUCGAUAAACCACUUUGUGGCCCAAAUCAGCUGGGAUGUGCAAGAGCAGCUACGCUUCGAUUCGGCGUCAACGUAUGCAACUGUCCUUUGGCCUGUGACAAGGAGAGACAGCUCACCAAACAUUUCACCUUUGCCAUAGAUCCUACUGUUCCAUUCUUCGAUCCUUUUUACAAAAACUUGACCUUGGAAAAAGUGAGCAUCAUCAGAUUAUACUUGCACGGCUACAGCAAGACGGUUUACUCGCGCAGAUCCUACUUUUCCAGAGUCAAUUUAUUUGCACAAUUGGGUGGUGUCUUUAACGUAUUCUUCGGCUGCAGCGUCCUGACUCUCCUAGAACUGAUAAUUCUCUUCUGGAGAUAUAUUCGAGAUACAUCGGUCGCAGAUCAAACGUGGCCUUUUCGCCAUUAG